GGCCUGGUCUGGUGCUUCGAGGGGCGGCGCUAGGACCCAGCGGGCCCGGGCUGCGAUGGGGCCUGGGCGGCCAGAGGAGCGCGGACCCCAGCUCCCGGAUCCUAGCGCCAUGUGAGGGGACUCGGGGGCCGCGGGGGGCCGGGCGCUCCCCGGGGGAGGCGUGAACCGACAUCCCUGCCCCCCGGGCCACCUGCAGGACGCUGGCCCCUGCCCCUCAGCAGAUGCUGGAGAGAGAUGAGUAGCAACAAAGUUUAGAUAAAUGAAGAUUUACGGAGAGUGCUGUUUGGAGAAGACCUGAAUCCUCUCAUUGGACUGUCCUGCCUGUCUCCAAGCAUCCUUCCAGCUGCAGCUGGAGGGAUCCUUCUGAUACCCACAUCCAGUCCAAUCCAGCAUACCCUCCUCCUGAGGACGUUCUGUACUCCAGGCCUUGCCCUGAGGGCUGAGAUACGGUGGGGAGCAAGGCUGACCCAGUCCCAGCCUCAGAGCUCAUGGAGCAGCGGUCAGCAGUAUUCGUGAUCCUCUUUGCUCUCAUCACCAUCCUCAUCCUCUACAGCUCCAACAGUGCCAAUGAGGUCUUCCAUUAUGGCUCCCUGCGGGUCCACAGCCGCCGGCCCUUCAACCUCAGGAAGUGGAGCAUGACCGAUGGCUAUGUUCCCAUUCUCGGCAACAAGACGCUGCCCUCCCGGUGCCACCAGUGUGUGAUAGUCACCAGCUCCAGCCACCUGCUGGGCACCAAGCUGGGACCUGAGAUUGAACAGGCCGAGUGCACCAUCCGCAUGAAUGACGCGCCCACCACGGGCUACUCAGCAGAUGUGGGCAACAAGACCACCUUCCGCGUGGUGGCCCAUUCCAGUGUGUUCCGUGUGCUGCGGAAGCCCCAAGAGUUCAUCAACCGCACUCCCGAGGUGGUGUUCAUCUUCUGGGGCCCCCCAGACAAGAUGCAGAAACCCCAGGGCAGCCAUGUGCGUGUCAUCCAGCAGACAGGCCUGUUAUUCCCCAACUUGGAGGCCUACGCCGUCUCUCCCGGCCGCAUGCGCCAGUUUGACGACCUCUUCCGGGGUGAGACGGGCAAGGACAGGGAAAAGUCCCAUUCGUGGUUGAGCACAGGCUGGUUCACCAUGGUGAUUGCGGUGGAGCUGUGUGACCACGUGCACGUCUAUGGCAUGGUCCCCCCCGACUACUGCAGCCAGCGGUCCCGCCUGCAGCGCAUGCCCUACCACUACUAUGAGCCCAAGGGGCCGGACGAGUGUGUCACCUACAUCCAGAAUGAGCACAGCCGCAAGGGCCACCACCACCGCUUCAUCACCGAGAAGAGAGUCUUCUCGUCCUGGGCCCAGCUGUAUGGGAUCACCUUCUCCCAUCCCUCCUGGACCUAGGCCGCCUUGCCGGCGGGGCCCUCACAAGGGACACAGGAGAAGUGGCUCUCCGCUCAGCCACUUGACCAAAGGCUGUCUCCUGGCCAUUCAAGGUUGGCCAGAGUGUCUUCUGGCCAAUCAGGGUGUUAAAGAGGGUGCAUCCUCCAGCCAGUCAGGGCUUGAGGAUCUCUCUUGGCCAAUCAGGGAUUUGGGCUUCUAUGUGGUUAAUCAGGGGUGUCGGGAUUUCUUGGCCAGUCAGGGUCAGAGUAGUCAAGCAGGGUAUUUCUGAGUAAUGUGAGGCUAAGGACAUGUUCUUUCCCAUGAGGCCUUGGUUCAGAGCCCCAGUAUGGCCCUCGAAUCACUUCCUGUUGGCUGGAACAGUGGGGUUCUAUCCCAAGUUGCUGGGAACUUUGUGUUGCCCCUCACCUCCCAGAGCCAGAAAGAGAGGUUGCGUGGAGGGUGGGCACUGUCUGGAGUCUGGGCCGGGGCACUUGUGGGGUUUGUCGGGGGGUUCCAGAGGUGGGAGGCUGGCGACUUGGUCUUGGCUCUCCCUUGAGUGGCCUUGGACAAAUCCCUUGCCUCUUCUCUGGCACCCUUUUGCCUGUGUCGGGUUUUGGGGGCCCGGGGUUCCUUUGUUGGGGGGCUGAACUCCCUAGGGACCCAGAGUUCUCUUCCCCAUCUCCUCCUGGAAACGAAGGUAUUUUUGCACAAAUUCUCCCAUUCUGGGAGACUCUGAUAAGAAUGAGACAAACCAGCUGUUUCUUCGCCCUCCCCCAAGCUGCCCUUAGCUUGGCUCUUAAAGAGCCAGGCCCCCUUUUCUGCCAUCCAGCAGUGAGGCUUUCUACCUGUUGGAAGAGCCUUUGGGGUGGAGGCAGGGGGGACCUAGCCAAAUUGGGGUUUCAAGCAGCCCAAGAUUCUCCCUCCAGCUGGGUCUGGGAAAGCUCUAGGGGGCCAGGAGCUGCGUUGCCUGGGUUCGGGCAGCCCUCACUCUGUAUCAGGCACUUUAUUGCUGGGCCUUAGUGGGUUGGGUUUGCCCUCUGCUCUUCCGGAUCCUGGAAGAGAAGUUUGGAGGCCUUCCUGGAGGAGGUUGUGGAACGGGAGGGGCCAGAAGCAAGCCAUUGCACAUUGGGGUGGGGGUGGGGGCCAGUGGCUCCCCUAGACUUGAUUUUGUAAUGAUUUGUAUAGGAAUAAAUGCUCCUAAGCUCCA